UGUGAGCAUGAAACCUGUAUACCUCCCUACCUCCUAUCUUUUUAUAUGUCAGUUUUAAUAACUGUAGUCCUAUUUAUCUGGGGCCAAAACAUUGAAAAUUAAGAAUUAUCUAGCAGCCAGAUUCAUAACUCCAGUGUUGAGCCCCACCUGCUUGCAAUCACCUUUCCAUCAAUCUGGUUCGUGACAGUUUUUAAGGACAGUUUGGUGUCAAAUAACUUUCUAAAAAGUUAUUUAGGACAGAGUACGGCAAGGUAUAGGGAGUUGGACCUGAGAGACAAAGAUGUGAAAGCUUCUCCUUUCACGGGUCAUAUGUGAAUGUUCCUCACAUGGAGUUCUUCCUCUUCUAAUUGCUGUUCUUAGACAAGUGUGUAAGUCCAGGAAAAAGAAGGAUAAAAUGCCUGGUGAGUGGAAGGGGAAAGAAAAUCCUUGCUGUUUCAAGGUUUGUGGACUAUUUAAAGAUCUGGGGGAUUUGUGGGAAGAGAUACAUCUUUUUGCUGUCCUAACUUACAGCCUUCCUGUAAACUAAGCAGAAGAAUUUCCUUGUGAUGUGCUCUCUGCCUGUGCUUCCUUUGAAAAGUGGGUCAAAGAGAUGUUUUGGAUCUCAGUAUCACUGACAGAAAGGAAAUCUGAGUGGGUGAUAGAUCUCUGUAAGCUACUAAACUAGUGACUCAAGACAUGAAUUACUGCUUAUGUACAUGUGUAGAGCUGCGACUGUGACUGUUAUGGUAGUGCUUUGAAAUAAUAACUCACUUUCUCUCCUUGGAAAGUAGAUCCCAAGCAUUCUGAAAAGGAGAGAGGGAUUUGUUGUUUACAGCAAGUGGACUUGUGACCUCAGGUUUUGAUGGAGACCUUCAGCUCUAUUAGCAUCCCUGGAUUUAAUCCUCUAAUCUAAAUAGGUAGAUGUAAUAGGUUUUUUGCUUUAUAUUUCUGUUCUUUGGGUUACUUUCAGUGUGUCUAUCAUUAAUUUUACAAUAUCAAAAAACAAUUUGAGAAUUAAAUUUUACUUAAGAAUUGCCGAAUUUGUUAAGUAUCUAAAAGACUGAAACAACAAAACCAACAACGAAGAUCACACACUCGCCUCCAUUUCAUAGCUGAAAUCAAAAGUGCCUUACCAUGUGCUAAAACUUUCACUUAUCCUUAAAAUGUGUGAAACAAAAAAUCUUUAGGUAUCACAAGUAAUCUGGGACCUGUAGUAUUUUGGAUAUCUCUAGAGAUCUGUGGAUUUGGACAAGCAAGGCCUGUAGAAUAUGAUCUUUCCUAUGCUGACAGGGAUUACUGGGAGAGGGGAGGAUGAGAGGAGCAGGGAGGGAAGCAUGCAAACCUGUCAGCUAACGUAUGUCAAGUGAAUAUGUAAACCUGGAAGUCUUUUCCCCAACUAAAGCAUAUUCUAUUAUGUUUUGUUGUGUUGCACAUACAUGCUUUAGAGUCACAGCUGUCCCCUAAUUUCUGUGUAAAUAUGCCUGGUGAUUGUCCAAAGAGAGCUGCAAUCUCAUGGCUCUAAAAUACAGCCCGCUGAAUUAGUUACUGGGAUUUCUGCAAAGAGCAAAGUGGUUGAAAAGUUCAUAUAACAAACAGCAGUGGUGGGGAAAGCUUUUUAUGUUGGAGCUGCACGCUGUUUUCUUACCCACUUUAAUGUUUUGCAUCCCAAAAAUGAAUGUGUGGUAGAAAUUCCGGGCUUGCUGGGGCAAGUACAAUAAUUGCUUUGGGGUAGAGGCUUGCCUUCUGAGUAAAAUUAUUGCUGUUUAUAUAAUUCUGCAGAAUGUUUUGUAAGGCUCGAGUUAUACAUGGGGAAUUUGGCUCUGAGUCUUUGCUUUUGAAAUCGUCAGCAAAGUUUCCAUUGACUUCAGUGAUGCCAGACGAGGCACUUCGUGAGCACCACAAAGGUAAAGACUCAGGGCAAUCUGAGUAGGAGAAGGUCUAUUUUCAUCCAUCUUAUUUUGGACUUGAUUUGUACUAACAAAUUCCAAAAUUAGUAAAAUUGUAGCUUUUUCUGAAAUUUUGGACAAGAAAAAGACUCUGUUUCAUUUCUAAAUGUUCUCCCAAUUUCUCCAGUCUCUUUUAAAGGUAGUAGAAUAUAGUAAGAUCUCAUGUAUCAAUUGAUGUUUCCUGUUAAAACUUCUAAACUUGUGCUGAACUGUGCUGCAACUGCUGAACAGAAAAAUUAAGAAUUAAGUAGAAAGAGAGCUUGUCAAGAGGGAAAUAAUUUGACAAUGUAUGAAAAUUGCUUCCCAAUUUCAGUUGCUGAAUUUCCCAUAUUUUUCUGUAUAAAUAGUGAAGGAAAGGUGCUGACCUCUGGGCUUGUGAAAAUGGAAUUACAUGACUGGGGCCUAGUUGCAGUGGAGGGUGGAGUUUGUCCCAGGAGGAGGUGCUAAGUCAAUCUGAUGUUCUGUACAUCACCUCAGACUGGAAAAGUCUUGGAAGCAACCCUACAUAUUGUGCCUUGUUCCCUUAUGCCAGUGUAGUGAUGCCCAUCCAGACUUCCCUGAGGGCUGUUGCAGUUAAGAACUUAUUCCUGGUUUUUGCUAGAUAAAAUUAUCAGCAUUGCUCCAAAAGCUGGUUUUAGUAAGUGCAAUAGUCAGUGGAGCAGACUGUUGAAACCACAGCAGAUUUAUCAGAAUUCCCAAGUAUCUUAGGAACCUGAAGCAAGGUUAGGAAGACUUGAAAACUACUCAAUGCAUUAAGUAAAAAUAUCUUUAAGGGACAGGAAGAAAGAAUUCGUGGGAUAUAUUCUAAAACCUCAGCAUGUAAAACUCAGUUUUUAUCUUCAUGUUGAGCUUUUGGGAUCUGUUUGAAAUGUCUUCUGCAUAAAACACCAGCAGUAAAAUGUCCCUUCCAAACCUCAUAUGUUAUGUGCUAAUGGAAUAGUCACUGAAGUAUUAACAAACUUGUACCCUAAUGAGAAGCUCUUGGUAUUUCCUGUUGGAUUCAUUUUUUUACAAGGCUUUAACAUUUUCUGCUUAACAGAUUUUCCGUGGUUUUCUUAGUAAAAUGACAGCCAUCAACCAUCUCACUCUCUACAAAGCUGAUAUAAAAUUGUAAUGGAAGGGUGAAUAAUACCUAAAGAUCCCCAAGGAAAUCUGUCCUGUUGCUGUUUGGUAAUUCCCUGUCUAGUAAUGUGUUCAGAAAUUAUGUUAAAUACCAAGUGAUGAUUUUUAGUGAUCAAUUUAGAAAUGAUGCUAAAACUAAGUACCCAGAGGAAAAAUACUGCACACAAGAAAAGUAGCCUGGGCUACAUUGGGAAGAGUGUGGCCAGCAGGUUGAGAGAGGUGAUCCUGCCCCUCUACUCAGCCACACCUGCGGCACUGUGUCCAGUUCUGGGCUCCUCUGGACAAGAGAGACAAGGAGAUACUGGAGAGGAUCAGCACAGGCUGCAAAGAUGGUGAGGGGUCUGGAGCAUCUCUCCAAUGAGGGAGGCUGCAGGAGCUGGGCCUGGUUAGUUAAGAGAAGGCUGAGAGAGAGCUCAUCAAUGCUUGUAAAAAUCUCAAAGGUGAGCUAAGAGGAAUGUGCCAGCCACUUUUCAGUGGUGCCCAGUGACAGGAUGAGGAGCAAUGGCCAUAAACUGAAAUACAGGAAGUUCCAUCUCAACAUGAGAAACAACUUCUUUACAUUGAGGGUGUCAGAGCACUGGGACAGGAUGUCCAGGGAGAUGGGGGAGUCUCUCUGGACACAAUCAAAACCCACCUGAAUGUGUUCCUGUGUCACCGCUCCAGGUGAUUCUGCUUUGGCAGGGAGGUUGGACUGGAUGAUCUCCAGAGGUCCCUCCCAGCCCUAUUUAUUCUGUGAUUCUUAUUAUGAAAAUGAUGAGUUGUAUUUCCUUAAACUAUCUAACAAGUCAUACUCUUCUUGUAAGUUGCUGUUCCCAUUGGAUUGUGUGGAGCUUUGCCCAUGUACAUGACCUGUGGGUCUGUCUCAGUGGACUUUGAGCUCUCCAGAGAAUCUGGCUCCACUUAAUAUGAAGACAAUUUCCCUUUUUCUGUUGCUUAACAAGCGAAGAUCAGAAUUGAUGGAUAUUUUUCCCUUCAGAGCAGGACUUGGUAAAUUUCUUGUACAGCUUUUUGCAAAAUGAGCACAAAUCCACCAGGUUUUUCACCUAAUGUUAUUCUUAGGUAGUAGUUGGUGAUAUGUUUUCUCAGAACAAAGUCUCUUAAACUCAUGACAAAAACCUCACAACUCACGAUGUAUCUUGCACUCAUCUGUCAGCUUAUAUGAUUCAGAAGUUGUGAAGCUGGGAGGUUUUUUCUUCCUUUUGAAGGUGGGUACUGUACAAUCAUCCUGUGUACUUAUCUUCUGAGCAUCUGCUUGGAAAAUAAAACAACGUGCCUUUCUGACAUCCAAGAAAGUGCUAUAAAAAGUCUGUUGCUAUGUUUAAAUGCCUACACUCAGUUGCUAUAGCAAUAAAAAUAUCAAAAAUGAUGUACAAAUUGCCACAGUGCAUUACCAGCCCUUUCCUGGACAGAGAGGUUGUGGGACUGAGACUGUGACAGAGGUGCUCAGUGUAUUGGAGAGCAGAUUUGCCCCAUAGUUCCAGGUGCCCUGUGUUGUCAUCUGAGAGCAAAAUGUGUGAAUCCCAAACUGGCUGGGUCAAAUGGGACAGUUGGGUCCCUACUGAAUUCAGUUGCUUCUUCAUGACUUGUAUGUUGAAUAUUUGGACCAAGUUCCCAUUUCUGUGCAAGAUAAGCUGCUGAAAAUGUUGACCUUUCUCUAAAUUCCUUCAGUCCCAUGACAGCAAGUGUGAAAAUCAGCUUGCAGGCUGCAUCAGCCUGUGUAGAUUUUUUUCUACCUGUAAUGUCCCAGUGGUCAGUGUAAAAUGUCCUUGUUCCUGUGGCAGUUAUGGGCACCCUGCUAUCCAAAAGAAAACAAAUUAAAGAGUAGCUAACGGAAUCUUUAGCAUCUCUGUGGGGCUCAAAGCCUUGAACAUUCAGUUGCUUCUCAAAGAGAGCAGGAAAUUCAACUUCCUUCAUAAAACACAGCAAGCAGAGGAAGGCAUGUUAUUUUGGCAACUGUAAGUUUGGUUAUGGAAUUGAAUUGUUUCCUCAGACGUUUCUAUGCCUCGUUCUCUUGUCUCCUGAGGAAUGUUAGAGGAAAGACUUGGAGAAAUUGAAGCCUUGUUUGAAAGCAAAAUAACUGGUUCUCCUUAUUCCAAUUUGCUUAAAGAAUCCUCAAGUUUCAAAUGAGAUUGGCUCAAACUGCAGAACAGUGUGCAGGUCAAUUUGCAUAUGGUACUCCACAACAGUAAUAAUUAUUUCAAGUAUUUUCUUCAACAUACUCUCAGAAGUCCAGUUGAGAGGUCUGAUAUCAAGAGUGUAUCAGUGGUAGAAAUACGUAUUUUAAAUUUUGGUUUCAGUUGUUACUUAUUGUUUAAUUCUCUUUUUCAAGGGUGUUAUAAACAUGUUGAUGAAGUGAUUAUUAGAGGCAGCUAUGAUACUCUGUAGUUUGAAGGCCUACUUAAAUUCUGCAGUACCUGAAGCUCUUGCUUAGAGCAUUCCAGCCAUCGGCCUGCUGAAUAUUCAUUAUCCUUUCUUCACCUGUGCUGCCAGGCAUUCUGCUGACCAUGAGAAUUCCAGACCUUAAAUUCCUCUGAUAGGUGCACAAGGCUCGUGCAUACUGAAAUUGUAGAUCUUCACCCGCAUCCACUCUACCUGUGACAUGCACCGCCGGGGAGUGCAGUGAUGCAUUCGUGAGGACACUGAUGAGGACAGCUCCCUGAUUCCUGGGCAGGUGUCACACCUGCAGAUCACGAGGCCUCCCAGAGCUUAUGCCUUCAAGCUAACUUGAAACAGAUACUGCCAGCAGUGCAUGGUCCUCUUAGUCAACCUUGCAGCUCCACGUGCUUCACGCUGCCCACCAUGCCAACCUUACCUGAAGACAAGGGACAAGCAAAAGAGGCCCAGCACAACAGCUCUCCUCCAGCCAAAGACACAACUGUUGAAGGGACAACAUGCAGCACACCUUCUAUUGUUCUUCCAGAGAAUGCUGUCACGCCAGACGUAGAAAUUGAUAAAAAUCUGGUUAACAGGCCUCGGAGUCCUCAUAGGAGACAUUCUAACCGGGCCACCAGGAAUUCAACAAGUUCACUGACUUCUGUUGACAACAGUGGCCAUGUGAUUGAUCUGGUGAAUGAUCCACUGCCAGAUGUCAAAAUAUCAGAGGAAGACAAAAAGAAGAACCUUGAAUUGUUAGAGGAAGCAAAGAAAGUGAGUGAGAGGUUCCUAACACGCAGAGGCAGAAAGUCAAGAAGCAGCCUCUCAGAGUCACCCACAGCAGUUUCCCUCACUCUUAGUCCUAAAGUUUCACCCAUAACAUCUCGGAGCAACUCUCUCACUCUUCCACUUCUGUCAGGGUUGGAUGCAUGCACAACCACUGGUAUUGAGUCAAUAUCUCCAGGGCAGAAUAACAGAAAUGUCAAAGAGGAUGACAGGCAAACUGCAGAGAAUGCUGCAAAAGGAUUAAUUGAUCGAAGGCAGAAUGAUCAAAGAAAGAUUUCUCAGGGAAGGUUGGUUCCUCGUUCUGCUGGCUUUGAAAACUCCAAAGAGAAGCUCUCAGACCAAAAGGAAAACUUUGAUCCACGUAAACAUAUGGAUACUUUACCUAAAUUCUCCCCUUCAGCAGGUGAUGGUGGCAGAAUGUCUCUUAAUACUUGCAUGAAUGUUUGUGAAAAUGAACUUGGAAAAUCAUUCCUGAAGAAAGUGAAAGAAAAUGAUGUUCCUUUAAGAACCCAUCUACCAGUACCAGGAAUAGGAAAUAUGGACUCAAAGCUAAAAAUUCCUGUUCCAGAAAUGAGGGACCAUAAAGUUCCAUGUAAACCAGAAUUUAAACUGUGUGGACUGCGUCCUCCUCUACUACGGGCUGUGUCCUGGGAUAGCUUGGAGCCUGGACAGAAAGAGAAAACCCCUUUAAAAUUACCAUCUGAGGAAGAUAAAAGUUUUCCUGGUAAUAAAUCCAGCAAUCAGUUAAAAGCAUUCAAAGACCUUCAAAUCCAAGUUCAGCCAGUUCGUAUGCAGAAGCUGACAAAGCUCAGAGAGGAGCAUAUUUUGAUGAGAAAUCAAAAUUUAGUUGGACUUAAACUUCCUGAACUUAGUGAAGCAGUGGAACAGGAAAAAGGUCCUUCACCUCUCCCUUCCCCCACUGAAGAGGAAGAGACAAAGAACAGCUCUGAUGUCAUGCCCAGCAUUCCUGAUGUAUUGCUGCGAAAACUGCGAGUGCACAAAUCACUUCCAGGAAGCUCCCCACCACUCACUGAAAAAGAAGUUGAGAAUGUAUUUGUACAACUCUCCUUGGCCUUUAGAAAUGAUAGUUAUACAUUGGAAUCUAGAAUUCAGCAGGCAGAGAGAGAGAGAAAUCUUACUGAAGAGAAUGCUGAGAAGGAACUGGAAAACUUUAAAGCAGCCAUUACGUCUUCAGCUCACCUGUGGCACCACUAUGAGCACAGGGAAGCCUACCAGAAGCUCCUGGAGGACAUCGCGGUGCUGCGGCGUUUGGCUGCCCGGCUCUCGAGCCGCGCCGAGAUGGUUGGAGCCGUUCGCCAGGAGAAGCGUAUGUCAAAAGCAACAGAAGUAAUGAUGCAGUAUGUGGAAAAUCUGAAAAGAACAUAUGAAAAGGAUCAUGCUGAACUAAUGGAGUUCAAGAAACUUGCCAAUCAGAAUUCCAGCAGAACCUAUGGUGCAUCUGAAGAUGGGGUUCCUCGUUCAUCUAGAUCCAUGUCUCUCACUGUUGGAAAGAAUAUGCCUCGAAGGAGAGUCAGUGUUGCAGUUGUUCCUAAAUUUAACUCCUUGAACAUUCCUGGUCAGUCACCAACAGCUUCACCUAUACCUUCAAUGCCAUCCCUGUCUGAAUCACCCAGUAAUGGAAGGAGUAGCCUAACAUCUACUCCUGCUCUGCCAGCACUUCUAGAAAAUGGGAAGUCAAAUGGAGAACCUGACUGUGAAACCUCAACUUCUGUGCUGACACAGAGUGGGUUGGAAGAGAUCAGUCCUGAAACUAAAGCCAAGAUAGAAGAGGAAGCAUAUAACAAGGGAUAUCAGGAAGCCUUGAAGAAGACCAAAGAACUUCAGGAAUUGAAGGAAGAAGAUGAAGAGACACCCAAAGAAAGUCAUGAGGAACAUGAAGAAAGUGAAAAUGAAGAUGAGAUAAAAAAUCUGAAAAGCAGCAGACUUGAAGUCAUCGUUAAUUAUUUAUAUAUCCUCUACCCCAAACUGUGCAAACACUGGAAUGUGGUGUGGCUUGUGGUGGCUGCAAUAGUCAUUUUUGCUGUGGUGUUGGGAAUCUACCAUUCCUACAACUCCUGUGAUGAAAAGUCAGAGGCACCUGAAGGGAAGGCCAGCUGCUCUGUUCAGCAGUAUUCCUGGUGGAACUCAGGAUUCCGGCAGCAGCAACGCACGGAAUAACAGAGGAACAGCCACGCCCUGAUGGUCCCUGAGCAAGUUUGUGUAUUAGAGCACCGUUGUUAAAGGUAGUGCUUAGUCAUCCCUGUGGCUGUUCCACUGAUCCCUUAGGCAAGUGAGUUACUCUGCACCACCAGGUUUGGGAUCUGUGGUGAGCAUUCCUUGCUAAGAUGCCAAUCUGAUAAAUAAUUCCGUCUGUCCUCUUGUUGUAAAGGACUUGUAGAAAUAAAGUAGUGUUGAAUCAUGGUAAGGUUGUGGCAGUAAUCAGCGACCUGCAAGACAUUUAAAAGAAUGAUUUGCACAGGACAUUGACAUUUUGAAGACCAUCAUAAAACCUGUGUUUGCAGUUAAUGCUUUACUAUGUAUUUCCUGAAUUUACUGUUGAUUGUUGAAGUACUAAUUGCAUUUAAGUCCUUUGGGUUUUAAGAGGCUAAAUAAUUUCCUUAUUCAUGACUAUUGGGUAGAAAUAGAAGCACUUCCAUGGAAGAAUAUAAUUAUAUUCUAAGACCAAAUGCCUUGCUGCUAAAGUAAAUUUAUAAGAGGAAUUAUCUCUGUGAUUAUUUAAAUGGAAUGCUAAGUACAUGCAAAUGUGUUUUAUGAAAUGCUUUAAGAAUGGGACCACCACUUUUUUUUAAAUGGGGUACUCAACAGAACCUAAAAUGGGGUCUAGGUGGCACAGCUGAUAUCAUCCAAUAAGUCUGGAAACAUCUGAUAUAUAAAAGUUUCCAAAAAUGUAUGUAUGCCACUCAGAGUCAGUACUGGUUACAGCCAAAAGUGGUAGCUGCCUGGAAGGGUCCAUGUGCUACCCAAGCCCAAAACACAGCAGUCUUGGACAUGGGAAGCAAUCUUCAAUUCUUGAUUGAAGAAGAAAACAAAAGCUCUUCAAACCUCGGUAUAGAGGUGACUGUGCCAAGUGGACUCUGCCCUCCUGCUAACACUGGAAUAGGCAUUCUCUGAGAUCUGCAGCAGGAACAGAGCUCUGAGAGCAGCCAGAACCCAACCAGUGCCUGCAUGAAUCAGGCCAUGGUAGCAGUGAGGCCUUAGGAGAGCUCACUGCGUGUUUUCAGUGGUUCAUUUUCAGCAUCUGAUGCCAAGACCAAAACUGAUCUGAUACACUUCCAAAGCUGAACUACAACCUCAGGCUAGAAUAAUCUUUUGCCCAGAUUUUUUUGCCAGUUCUAUCUAUUUGGGAGUUGUGAGUUCUUAAACAAGAAUGUGAAAGCCUGAAAUUUUUGGAUGAGCAAUUUGAAAAUGGUGAAGCCAUUAUCUGUACAAAACCCAGCACCUAGGGCUGAGACCAAAAUGCGUGUCAGUGGAGGUGGGCCUUUUGUACCUGCUGAGCAUCACUUCUGAGGGAAGGUGAACCAUGUUUGUCUUUCCAUAGCUACGGCCACAAUGGCAAAUUCAGUGUGACCCUCGAUUGCACUCGUGUCCUGCAUCCUCCUAGCAUUUUCUGGUUGAGAAAGGGGUCUGUUCUCCAUCAGAAGGAUGAGUGUUAUGAAGUACUGUAAUUUCAGUUCUGAUACAGUCAAUAUUGUCCUGUCUUCUUUUGGUGGAAACACUGAACUUUAAGCUAACUGUCAAAGAAAAUAGGUUUCUAACUCAGUCAGAAAUUUAGUUCACAUACUUGGCACUAAUAACAAAUAUCCUGCUGAUGAAUUUUUGUUGGCCAUGUGUUUCUUAGAAGAUAUUUAUAUGGGAAAAAAAGAAAAAAAAAGGCAGACCACUACCACAUUAUUUUGGGGAGUGGGGAAAGGAGUCUAUGAGCAAUUAGAAUUUUUUAAAAUUAUUUUAAAGUAUAUAUAUUGAGGAAAAGUGUGCUUAAGGAAGUUCAAAAAGGAUAAUGGGGAAGUGUGAUUUGGUCUAAAAUUGAAGAAUAAGGAGAAGGUUUCUUGCAAAUUACUUGGAAUCUGGUUCAGUUAGAAUUUCUGACUGUGAAGAACUACUGUGACCUUUCAUGUACUUUCAGUGUUUGAAGAAACUCGUCAGUUGUUUCUUGAAUACUUUACUAAAAUCAACUUAUUUAACUUAAUAUUCUUUACAAAUAACUUUGGUAACUUAAUAAGGCAAUAAAAUUGAAAGUAAAUAAUCCUAAAUAUUCAGAUUUUUCUAUGCCAAAAAUUAUGGCAUAUAUUUAUGUAAUUGUGGAAAUGUUAGGCUGCCCUGAAGAAAAAUAAUUAACAGUGCCUGUAAUUGAGUUCAUUUGUUUUUAUUUACAUCUGCACUGUUGUGAGUCCAACAACUUAUUUUAAGUACACAUAAAAAUUAUUGAUAUCAACAUGACUCUCUAAUUGCUUAGUGUUAAACAUGUGAAAAGGUCUUUUUGGUCAGUGGGUGAAUGAGGUCUCCAUCCUUUCUUAAAAUUCAGCACACUGGCUCUUUGUGGAAUUAGUGCAAAGGGACAAUUCCCAUAAGUAGUUGUACUGAUUUGAGCUGAACUACUUGCAUGUCUGAGGUAAGUAUAAUUUAGCCACAAAUGAACUGAAAGAGGCAUGAGAUUUUAAUGGGGGUGCAAAAAUGAAGAUAAAGUUUACUAAAAAAAAUUGUUCUUUUUAUAACUACUUUGAGCAAACUGUCCACUAAAAAUAACAAACCACAUUGACUAACAGCACACUAAAUAGCUAUGCUUAUAUUUUUCAGUUAUUUAAUUAAAACACCUUUUGUUUAAUAGGAAACUAGAUUAAGCUCAAAAACUAUUCUAACUAUAAUUUUAUCUGUUGGAUAUUAGUUUGCUUUAUCUGGAGCAAAAAAGCCAAACAACCUCUUCUGUGUUCAAAGAUCACAUCAGAUAAGAAGAAACAGACCUAUUAUUUAUGCUAUUAACACUGAAAUAGUUUUCUUGAGGUGCAAUAUUUAUUUUUUCUGCUUUAACAAGACACAUUUAUGAUUUCUCCGGCACAUCACAAAUGUUUCUAGCAAAAGGAAUUUCAAAAGGGCACUAUUUUUGUGUAUCAUAUUUAAAUUUGUAAUAUUGUAAGAUUUUGCACAAGUGUGCUGGUAUUGUACUGUAUAGUAUCACAUACUUGAGUUUUGAAAUAAAAUUAUGGUUUCAAAGUC